CAAGAAGCUCUGUGAGAGCUCUCUCCUUCAUCACCAACCCCCUGAAAGUCUCUUCACCUUUGAAGAUGGCGCUGCGCUUCAUCCUCACUGCAUCAGCUCUCAUGCUACAUGUCAUCGCAGCCCCUCCUCAAACUCAAGCUCCGCUGUUCUCGUCUGCAAAGACUGCAGGCAGCCGUGGUCUAAGUCUAGAUAGUGCAAGAGUAAAUGCUCCUCACAUCUUCAAUACUGUCCACUCCUCGAUGCGACAAUGGGGAUCCAGCUUGAAUCACAACGGCAUGUCGCUCUUUCCCGCAAGAAUACCCAACAACACUCACCUCUACCAUGGAACACAUACACCCAACGCAGUAAAGGGCAUGGAUUGGCUUGCAUUCGAGAUCGAACAUGCAGAGAUGUUCGCUCGAGCUUUCCCAGGAAGACGACCUGGGGGGAGGCCUGGAAAACCUGGGGAUCCUGAGCAUUCAGGACGUCCUGGCGAACCUGGAGAGGGUCCUUCUCCACCUCCCUUCGAGUUAACCUGGGCAGAGACUGUGGAUGGGAUACGAAAUAUAUAUGAUGGCGACGAUGAACCGGACUUUUCGAGAGGUUAUCUUCACAUAUACCGGACGACCCGACCUCUUACGAAUCUGGUUUAUAUAGAUGGGAUGUCAGCCGGGAAGACCACGAUGGGAACUCUCGAUACACAAGACUCUCUUCUGCGUAAUAUGACGGACGACGAUGGUGGCCCUGCUUUCGGCGAUUUUAGACGCGGUCAAGACCUCUGUGAUCUUGGAGCGAAGUGGGGAAUUGAGGGAUUUGUGAGAAUGGAGAUGGGGUUUGAAAUAAUUUUCUGCGAGUUUAGCGAUGGGUUGGUUCUCGAAAGUGCCCGUGAGAGACCAAGUGACAAGAACCAAAGCUACGAGACGCUGCCCCAGCUCGAGGUACUGAGAGGAGCAUCGAUGAGGUAUCCAGGCAUUACGGGGCAGAGGCUGACGCUGGAUUACUCAGGCAUGGUAUCGGCAUACUGGUAUGACCUUAAUCUCACGAAUCCGGAUCCAAAGAGAUUGGAUCUGCCAAGGCUGCCAGCUUCCGAUUUGGAAGGACUUGGAAACAUGAAAGCCGAUUUCAAAGCUGCCUUUGAAGAGAGCAGUGCAAGAAGUCAUGUUGGCAAUGAUUGGCAAGGCAUUACAGACAUGAUUAUUACCCGCUACUCAGAUCGUCUACAACUCAUGGCAGGGAACAAUACUUCUCGAGAGAUUAUUCUCAGCGAACUCGCAGUUUUGCUUAAUCUCUACAUUGACUAUGGAAGCUUCGACAUCCCGAUGGCGAUCGAGAAAUGCACGGUGCAUUACCUGAUUGCAGCAGUCCUAGAGACUUCAGCAGAUCACAUGAUUCAUGGGGCACUUUCGACCGUUGCAAACAAGAUUUGCAGCACUUUGUUCUACGUCGGGCAACUGCUAUUAGAAGAAGAGACCGAAUCAGGCCUGACGAAGUCAAAAUCAGCAAUCAAGUCAGUGAUUGAUUACUUGGAUUGGACCACAUGGAAAGAGUGUGGCAAGUGUGGAUACGAUGAAAUUUGCUUCGUCGCAAUAUGGCCGUGGGGCUCAAUGGAAGAUCACAAGCACCCGAACUGUAUGAAGGACGAGAUGUUGUCGAGGCGACAAGGAUAUUGGGACAUGGGGGGAGGUGGAAGAAGGCCACCGACCGAAAAUGAGACCAGAUCAGGAGCUGAUGAACUUUGAUGAUCAUUGCACCACUUCGGGAUUUUCGUUGACGUUGAGGUCAGACAGGAUUUUUCAAUGGCUUCUGGCUGUAGUCAAGAUAUACUUUACAUAGAUCAAUGGUUUUUCCGCCAUUCCGUCCAUACAACACUGGUCUUUGCCGCGUCCUCAACUAAACCCCGAAUCAAAUGUUACCACCC